AUGGUGCAGAUAGCAGUGGUGGGAGCUGGCCAGAUGGGUGUUAAAAUAGCAGGGGAAUUUGCUUACCAUGGUCAUAGAGUGAAAAUCUAUGAUGUCAGUACAGCUGCACUGAAUAAAGUACAUGAUAUUUUAGAGGACGAUGUACAGCUUCUUAAUUCAGAAGGACUUUUGCCACAAAAACAUUUUCUGGGACAAGUAUUCUGUAUGAGUCACUUGGAAGAGACAGUCAGGGAUGCUGACUUCAUCUUUGAGGUCAUAGUAGAAAACCUGGAGAGGAAGCAAGAUAUUUUUGAGAAAAUAUCCCUUUGCUGUAAAGAGAAUGCCGUUAUUGCAAGUAAUACCUUACGUUUGGACAUCAACUUGAUCAACGAGCGAGCUGUUAAUAAGCAGAGAACUUUAGGGUUACGUUUUCUCUUUCCUGUCUAUUGUAUCCCAGAGAUUGAGAUUCUCCCAGCGAAGCUCACUGAUAGUGCAGUCAUAGAAAAAGUGAGAAAAUUGAUUGAGAGGAUGGGUAAAACUCUGUUCUUUAGAUCAGGAGAACAACCAUUAAUCCUAACUGAGAAGCAGAGAGAAGAGAGGAAGGCAGCUCGACAAGAAGAAAUGCAACUAUUGUCAGCAUCAGGGACCCAGAUCCCACGUGUAGUGCCAGCGUUGCAUCAUACAGAUAAUGAAAGUGUACAUAUAUUACAAAGAGAGGCUGCAAUGAUAAUACCAAGUGACCUGAAUAGAGAUUGUGCCAUUUGUAUGGAUAGACUGCGAGACUGCCUGUUGAUUCCUUGCCAUCACAUGGUGACCUGCUGUGAAUGUGGACAGAUCUUACAAGAAAGGCGUGAUGCCUGUCCUGUUUGUAGAAAGGACAUUGAUAAAGCUGUGAGAAUUUACCAUACUUAA